AUGCAAGGCGUACGCAUGGAUCCAGAGAUCGACAGUCCGUCUGCCACCGUCAUAGAAGAUGGUGAAAGUACCGCAUCAGAACCUCAAGCCCUAGAAGCGGAUACCAAAACCGAGACUGCUUCCAUUACUUCGACAGAUGCGACAUCAGCUACGGGCGAGUACGUGAUCGUCCAGACUGGAGGCGGAAGAUCCAACAAGAAGACUGUGGCGAACGACGAUGAUGAGCCUCUCAUCGACACGACUGCUGCUAUAGCAAAGAACUCCAAAAAGACACGAAGGCUACUGAAGCAGCAGGAGAAGAGGCAAAAGAAGUAUGCGGCGAAAGCCAGGCCGCAAUCACCCUUUGAUCUUCCGCCAGAGAUACUUCAAGAAGUGCUCAGCUAUCUGAAACCCAGUGAUGUCCUCCGCCUGGAACUCCUAAGCCACGCUAUCAACGACUUCAUCCUGGACAAUGAAUGGCCGAUUGCGAAAGACAUCAUGGACAGACGGUAUUGGGUGCUCCGACAAUGUUUCCCACUACCGACACAUCUCAGUCAAGUUGACGAAGAAAGCCAGACUGCUUUACGGAACCCGCGUCGAGAGAAGAUGACCGAGAUCCACAAGAAGCCAUAUCAGCACAUCCGAGCAGUGGACAGCACGGUAAUAUGCAGCUGUCCUUCCUGCCUUCUAGCCUGGAACAAUCUCAACGUAAUACUUGACUUCUGGCAUUCCCAGCAGAACCUGAAUAUGAGGGAGCCCAUCCCAAUGAUUCCACGAGGCAUGUUUCCGAAAUGGAACCUUGAACUCAUUGAGAAGCAUGCUCGGAUAGUGGACCGAGCGAUGUUUAGUCCCUUGACCUAUGCUACUAUAGUCGAAAAGCAUCUGGAAAGUACCAUUGGCACGCUACUCAGGCAGGCCGCCAUGCCGAAAACGGUGCAUCCUGUUCGGCUGUAUCAUGUGACGGAGAAGGAUGCAGAUGGUACCGAUGAGUUCCUGGAGCGAGAUGGCAAGCCUUCCUAUGAGUUCCCAUUCAGCAGGGACAACUAUUACUCCCUGUUGGCAUAUGUGCCGAAUCGCAAGUGGGACAAGGAGAAGUACGAGUGGGUCUAUUUCGCGAAGGGUGGGCACGAGCGAGAUCUGGAGUGGGCGAGGAGAUGGUUCUUGCCACAGGAAGUGCCAUCGAGCAGUCAGGAGGCUCUCGCUGCAAGCUUCCAGGCUGCUACUGUAGCAUGA